GGCCUACUGCUAAAACUGUUCUAAAGGUCUUCAUACUUGUUUGAUCCUAGAAAAUGGACGCAAUAUCUUGGUCUUCUAUGCUUGAACUUGAACGUAUCAAAUUUGGAACAUGAAGUCAGUUUGACUCUUCAUGGCAAUGUUUAUUCGCUUUUAUAGAAGUAAUUGUGUGUACAUGUUAGGGUAGUGUCAUCAUUGACAUUUUGACUGUGUUAUCAAGAUUGCUGACAUUUUCUACACAAGUAAACAAAUGGACACCAACCAACACUGUGAGGAAGACACAACAAUAACAAUGUCACAUGUGUGUAGACUUAACUCUGGAAAUGAUAAUGGCUGUGGAUGUGUGAAAACUUGUGAUUUAUUUGUUCCUUGUUCUUCUGGAGAAAUAGUGAAUCUUGGGAUUGAUAGCAUAGUUGUUAAAGGUGAACCUAGAUCUAUGUCUAAUUCUGGGACUAGAUCUAGAUCUAGUACUAGACCUAGAUCUAGUACCGGUACUCUUUAUACUAACAGUUUAAGUAGGGAAGAUGUAAAACAACAUGACAUUAUAGGCAGAGAAAUUGAAUCUGUGGGUGUUGAUGAGGAACAUCUAUCAGUAAAAGAAGAGUCCAGUUUUGAAUGUCCGUGUGACGUCAAGGCCGAGACAAAUGACAAACUGAACGUUGAAAGUGAAAGUAGCCAGACUCUCAGACGCAGUGUAGUAAAAGAUGAGCCUAUCUGUAUAGAGGAGGAAGACGUGAAACCUGUCAUUAAACCAGAGUGUCUCACAGAUAUCUGUACGGUGAGAACCGAACCACUAUUGGGACAUUUUCCUGACUUUGGUGAUGAAGUGAAACCAAAAGUGGAGAAUUUUGUGAAAGAUGAAGUGUCAGAAUGGGAAGGUCCAGACUUUUUAGAGGUAGGAAAGACAGAAGGACAAGUGGGAGAUGUGGAGGAUACGUGUGCUGAGCCCAUGUUUGUUGAGGAUCACAUGAGUCAGGCUGGAGGACUACAGCUGCAAAUCUCCAAUGUGAGGAGCUUGUGUAUGGAGCAGAGUGCCAACCCCGACACUGAUGUUGUUGCUCCCAGUAGUCCAACUUCAACUUUCUCUGCCGAUCCAGUCACAAGUUCAGGAUCUGUUGUCAGGGCCAGCUGGGAUCACGGUGAAAGUUCUGAUUUCUCGACUUACCCUCAUAGGCCACUGACUUCCUGUUCCCCGGUACAACAGACAAGUGAUAUACUGAGAAGACAAGGUCAAAGUUCAAGCUGCAGAUUUCAGACAGUACAAAGGGUCUAUGAAGUUUGUGGUGCCACGUUUACAUGUAGCAGAAAUCUACGGGAUCACAAAAGAGUACACACUGGGGAAAAACCUUACAAGUGUGAAGUUUGUGGUUCCACGUUUACACAGGCUGGCAGUCUUUUUCGUCACAAAAGAAUACAUUCAGGAGAAAAAUCGUACAAGUGUGAAGUUUGUGGUGCCACUUUUGCACAUGGUAGCAGUCUUUUUCGUCACAAAAGAACACACUCAAGGAAAACACCUUACAAGUGUGAAGUUUGUGGUGCCACUUUUACAUAUGGUAGCCAUCUACAGCUUCACAAAAGAAUACACUCAGGGGAAAGACCUUACCAGUGUGAAGUUUGUGGUGUUACUUUUUCUAGUAGCAGUAGUCUACAUAAACACAGAAGAAUACACACAGGAGAAAAACCUUACAAGUGUGAAGUUUGUGGUGCCACGUUUACACAGAACGGAAAUCUACAGAGUCACAAAAGAAUACACACAGGAGGAAAACCUUUCAAGUGUGAAGUUUGUGGUGCCACGUUUACACGUGGUAACAGUCUACAGGAUCACAAAAGAACACACACUGGAGAAAAACCUAAGUGUGAACUGUCUGGUGACAUCGGUGCUGUGGAGAGAGUCUGUGACCUCCAUCAGAACACAGCAGGUCACAAGCAGAUGGACAACAGAAAUCUCUACGAAGAUCGAGACAUGAGUUUAAAUGACUGUGCUUUUGCAAGUGAAACAAAAGCUGAUGAUAUUGGUGUGGAAAGUGAUGUGUGUAAGAAUGUUUCACAGACAGGGCCAGGAAAUCGUCUUAACGUAAGUUCAAAGCAUGAGUCUUGCGGCAAAAGUCGUAUGUCUUGUGAUAGUAAACAGUCCAUGGGUCAAGGUCUCGACUUCAACCUUUCUUCUGCUGUGUCUUUUGCCAGUGGUAUAAAUUCUACAGAAGCUUCUAGUACCACACCCCCAAAAGUGUACAAAGAGAUGGGCGCUGGUUGCCAAGAUGUAGGCCUACCAACGUCUCUGGUCAGGGAAAGUAGAUACUCAGAAAAACAACCUCACAAGUGUAAUGUCUGUCUUGAGAUGUUUACAGAACUAGGUGACCUACAGAAACACAAAAGAAUACAUACAGGAGAAGAACUUUACAAGUGUGAAGUUUGUGGUGUCACAUUUACUUGUAGCAGUAAUCUACAUAAACACAAAAGAAUACACACAGGAGAAAAACCUUACAAGUGUGAAGUUUGUGGUGCCACGUUUACACAGAGCGGAAAUCUACAGAGUCACAAAAGAAUACACACAGGAGAAAAACCUUUCAAGUGUGAAGUUUGUGGUGCCACGUUUACACGUGGUAACAGUCUACAGGAUCACAAAAGAACACACACUGGAGAAAAACCUUACAAGUGUGAAGUUUGUGGUGCCACUUUUACACUGGCUAACAGUCUUUUUCGUCAUAAAAGAAUACACACAGGAGAAAAACUUUACAAGUGUGAAGUUUGUGGUGUCACAUUUACUUGUAGCAGUAGUCUACUUAAACACAAAAGAAUACACACAGGAGAAAAACCUUACAAGUGUGAAGUUUGUGGUGCCACGUUUACACAGAGCGGAAAUCUACAGAGUCACAAAAGAAUACACACAGGAGAAAAACCUUACAAGUGUGAAGUUUGUGGUGUCACUUUUGCUAGUAGCAGUAGUCUACAUAACCACAGAAGAAUACACACAGGAGAAAAACCUUACAAGUGUGAAGUUUGUGGUGCCACGUUUACACAGAACGGAAAUCUACAGACACACAAAAGAACACACACAGGAGAAAAACCUUACAAGUGUAAAGUUUGUGGUGCCACGUUUACGCGUGGUAACAGUCUACAGGAUCACAAAAGAAUACACACAGGGCAAAAACCUUACAAAUGUGAAGAUUGUGGUGCCACUUUUACACUGGCUAACAGUCUUCUUCGUCAUAAAAGAAUACAUUCAGGAAAAAAACAGUACAAAUGUGAAGUUUGUGGUACCACGUUUACACAGGCUGGCAGUCUUUUUCGUCACAAAAGAAUACAUUCAGGAGAAAAAUCGUACAAGUGUCAAGUUUGUGGUGCCACUUUUGCACAUGGUAGCAGUCUUUUUCGUCACAAAAGAACACACUCAAGGAAAACAUCUUACAAGUGUGAAGUUUGUGGUGCCACUUUUACAUAUGGUAGCCAUCUACAGCUUCACAAAAGAAUACACUCAGGGGAAAGACCUUACCAGUGUGAAGUUUGUGGUGUCACUUUUUCUAGUAGCAGUAGUCUACAUAAACACAGAAGAAUACACACAGGAGAAAAACCUUACAAGUGUGAAGUUUGUGGUGCCACGUUUACACAGAGCGGAAAUCUACAGAGUCACAAAAGAAUACACACAAGAGAAAAACCUUACAAGUGUGAAGUUUGUGGUGCCACAUUUACACGUGGUAACAGUCUACAGGAUCACAAAAGAAUACACACAGGGGAAAAACCUUACAAGUGUGAACUUUCUGGUGACAUCGGUGCUGUGGAGAGAGUCUGUGACCUCCAUCAGAACACAGCAGGUGACAAGCAGAUGGACAACAGAAAUCUCAACGAAGAUCGUGACAUGAGUUUAAAUGACUGUGCUUUUGCAAGUGAAACGAAAGCUGAUGAUAUUGGUGUGGAAAGUGAUGUGUGUAAGAUUGUUUCACUGACAGGGCCAGGAAAUCGUCUUAACGUAAGUUCAAAGCAUGAGUCUUGCGGCAAAAGUCGUAUGUCUUGUGAUGGUAAACAGUCCAUGGGUCAAGGUCUCGAUUUCAACCUUUCUUCUGCUGUGUUGUUUGCCAGUAGUAUAAAUUCUACGGAAGCUUCUAGUACCACACCCCCAAAAGUGUACAAAGAGAUGGGCGCUGGUUGCCAAGAUGUACCAAGGUCUCUGGUCAGGGAAAGUAGAUACUCAGGAAAACAACCUCACAAGUGUAAUGUCUGUCUUGAGAUGUUUACAGAACUAGGUGACCUACAGAAACACAAAAGAAUACACACAGGAGAAAAACUUUACAAGUGUGAAGUUUGUGGUGUCACAUUUACUUGUAGCAGUAGUCUACAUAAACACAAAAGAAUACACACAGGAGAAAAACCUUACAAGUGUGAAGUUUGUGGUGUCACUUUUGCUAGUAGCAGUAGUCUACAUAAACACAGAAGAAUACACACAGGAGAAAAACCUUACAAGUGUGAAGUUUGUGGUGCCACGUUUACACAGAGCGGAAGUCUACAGACACACAAAAGAACACACACAGGAGAAAAACCUUACAAGUGUAAAGUUUGUGGUGCCACAUUUUCAUUAAGUAGCAAUUUACAAAGUCACAAAAGAAUACACACAGGAGAAAAACCUAAGUGUGAACUGUUUGGUGACAUCGGUGCUGUGGAGAGAGUCUGUGACCUCCAUCAGAACACAGCAGGUGACAAGCAGAUGGACAACAGAAAUCUCAACGAAGAUCGUGACAUGAGUUUAAAUGGCUGUGCUUUUGCAAGUGAAACGAAAGCUGAUGAUAUUGGUGUGGAAAGUGAUGUGUGUAAGAUUGUUUCACUGACAGGGCCAGGAAAUCGUCUUAACGUAAGUUCAAAGCAUGAGUCUUGCGGCAAAAGUCGUAUGUCUUGUGAUAGUAAACAGUCCAUGGGUCAAGGUCUCGAUUUCGACCUUUCUUCUGCUGUGUCUUUUGCCAGUGGUAUAAAUUCUACGGAAGCUUCUAGUACCACACCCCCAAAAGUGUACAAAGAGAUGGGCGCUGGUUGCCAAGAUGUAGGCCUACCAACGUCUCUGGUCAGGGAAAGUAGAUACUCAGGAGAACAACCUCACAAGUGUAAUGUCUGUCUUGAGAUGUUUACAAAACUAGGUGACCUACAGAAACACAAAAGAAUACACACAGGAGAAAAACUUUACAAGUGUGAAGUUUGUGGUGUCACAUUUACUUGUAGCAGUAGUCUGCAUAAACACAGAAGAAUACACACAGGAGAAAAACCUUACAAGUGUGAAGUUUGUGGUGCCACGUUUACACAAAGCGGAAAUCUACAGAGUCACAAAAGAAUACACACAGGAGAAAAACCUUACAAGUGUGAAGUUUGUGGUGCCACGUUUAUCCGUCGUAACAGUCUACAGGAUCACAAAAGAAUACACACAGGGGAAAAACCUUACAAAUGUGAAGAUUGUGGUGCCACUUUUACACUGGGUAACAGUCUUCUUCGUCAUAAAAGAAUACAUUCAGGAAAAAAACAGUACACUUGUGAAGUUUGUGGUGCCACGUUUACACACGCUGGCAGUCUUUUUCGUCACAAAACAAUACAUUCAGGAGAAAAACCUUACAUGUGUGAAGUUUGUGGUGCGACAUUUACAUUCAGUUCCAAUUUACAAAAUCACAAAAAAAUACACACAAGAGAAAAACUUUACAAGUGUGAAGUUUGUUGUGUAACAUUUACUUGUGCCAGAAAUCUACAGGAACACAAAAGAACACACUCAGAAGAAAAACCUUACAAGUGUGAAGUUAGUGGUGUCACAUUUACAGAAAGUGGAAAUCUACAGACACACAAAAGAACACACACUGGAGAAAAACCUAAGUGUGAACUUUCUGGUGACAUCGGUGCUGUGGAGAGAGUCUGUGACCUCCAUCAGAACACAGCAGGUGACAAGCAGAUGGACAACAGAAAUCUCAACGAAGAUCGUGACAUGAGUUUAAAUGACUGUGCUUUUGCAAGUGAAACGAAAGCUGAUGAUAUUGGUGUGGAAAGUGAUGUGUGUAAGAUUGUUUCACAGACAGGGCCAGGAAAUCGUCUUAACAUAAGUUCAAAGCAUGAGUCUUGCGGCAAAAGUCAUAUGUCUUGUGAUGGUAAACAGUCCAUGGGUCAAGGUCCCGAUUUCAACCGUUCUUCUGCUGUGUUGUUUGCCAGUAGUAUAAAUUCUACGGAAGCUUCUAGUACCGCACCCCCAAAAGUGUACAAAGAGAUGGGCGCUGGUUGCCAAGAUGUACCAAGGUCUCUGGUCAGGGAAAGCAGAUACUCAGGAGAACAACCUCACAAGUGUAAUGUCUGUCUUGAGAUGUUUACAGAACUAGGUGACCUACAGAGACACAAAAGAACACACACAAGAGAUAGGCCUUGCAAGUGUGAAGUUUGUGGUGUCACUUUAGCUAGUAGCGGUAGUCUACAUAGACACAAAAGAAUACACACAGGAGAAAAACCUUACAAGUGUGAAGUUUGUGAUGUCACAUUUACAAGUAGCGGAGGUCUACAGAGACACAAAAGAAUACACACCGGAGAAAAACCUUACAAGUGUGAAGUUUGUGGUGUCACGUUUGCACAGAGCGGAAAUCUACAGAGUCACAAAAAAAUACACACAAGAGAAAAACCUUACAAGUGUGAAGUUUGUGGUGCCACGUAUGCACGCAGUAGCCAUCUACAAUGUCACAAAAGAACACACACAGGAGAAAAAACCUUACAAGCGUGAAGUUUGUGAUGCCACGUAUGCACGCAGUAGCCAUCUACAAUGUCACAAAAGAACACACACAGGAGAAAAAACCUUACAAGCGUGAAGUUUGUGAUGCCACGUAUGCACGCAGUAGCCAUCUACAAUGUCACAAAAGAACACACACAGGAGAAAAAACCUUACAAGCGUGAAGUUUGUGAUGCCACGUAUGCACGCAGUAGCCAUCUACAAUGUCACAAAAGAACACACACAGGAGAAAAAACCUUACAAGCGUGAAGUUUGUGAUGCCACAUUUACAUUAAAUUGCAGUCUGCAACGUCACAAAAGAAUACACAGAGGAGAAAAACCUUACUACAGGUGUGAAGUUUGUGGUGCCAAAUUUACAUUACGUUGCAAUUUACAAAGUCACAAAAGAAUACACACAGGAGAAAAACCGUACAAGUGUGAAGUUUGUGGUGCCACGUUUACAUUCCAUAACAUUUUACGAAAUCACAAAAGAGUACACAAGAGAAAAACGUUACAAGUGUGAAGUUUGUGGUGCCUCGUUUACACAGAUUAGCAGUCUGCAGCGUCACAGGAAAAAUAUACACAGGAGAAAAAUCUGACAAGUAUAAUUGAUGUUUGUGGUGCCACGUUUGCACGUAGCUGAAGUGUCUAUAGACAUAGAAUCACAAAAGAAUGUUGUUUGUUCUUAACCUUUGAAGAUGGUCAUGGCUUCACAAUUUGGUCUGUUGACAGUGGAUCCGGAGAUGACUGAUAAGACCUAACCACGCUCGGAAGUUUUGCCCACAGUGUGGGCACUAGUAGUCUUGUGUUUGAAUUGUGAUGGAGGCAGAUUUGAACUUGCCCACGUUGCGUUUUCUUGUGGCUUGAGCCAUGUGCUAGGCCUCUGCUGCUUUGGCUCCCUUAGUUAGUUUGCAGCGCCGGGCGGGGCGAUCUAGGGCCAGUGUAUCCUACGAGUCGUUCAGGAUUCCUAGUUCUUUUAGUGAGACUUUGAGGCAGUGUUUAAAACAUUUUUUCCUGCCCUCCAACUGAGCGAUUGCCAUGAAAGAGCUCUUCAUACAUUAGCUGUUUGGGCUACCGGCUGUCCACCAUUCUGACCACAUGGCCGGCCCAUCUGGCUCGCGUUUUCUGGGGGAGGAUGUAGAUCCUGGGGAUUCCGGCCCGCUCUAGAAGAUCCGUGUCUGGGGCUUUGUCCUGCCAUCUGAUGCGGAGGAUUUUACGGAGACAGCUCAGGUGGAGUGGAUUGAGCUGCUUGGCAUGUCUGCUGUAGACAGACGAUGUCUCGCUGGCGUAAAGAAGGAUGGUAAGAACCACCGCCAGGUACACCUUCAGCUUUGUAGAGAGACUGAGUCCUCUCUGCUUCCAGACAUUCUGGCAGAGUCUCCUGAAAGCGGCGCUGACCUUGGCAACUCUGUUGUUGAUUUCAACAUCCAUGUGGCGGAAAAUGCCGUACUGAAGAGAGUUGGGGCAAGGACACACCCUUGUUUGACGCCAUUGGUCACAGGGAAGGUGUCUGUCUCGUCUCCGUCUUCUAGAACCUUCACCAUCACACCAUCGUGAAGCUGUCUGACGAUGGUGAUGAACUUACUUGGGCAUCGGUACUUCUUCAUGAUCCACCUCAGUCCUUCUCUACUGACAGUGUCGAAGGCCUUCGUUAAAUUCACAAAGGUCACGAAUAAAUCGAAGUGUUGCUCCUGGCAUUUCUCCUGGAAUUGGUGGGCAGUGAAGAUCAUGUCUGUAGUUCCCUGUUUGGCCCGGAAACCCCACUGAGUCUCUUGGAGGAGUCCCUGUUUAAGAUGGUGUGUGUGUGCAUGUUUUUAUUUUGUGUGUGUGUGUGUGUGUGUUUGUGUAUGUGUGGCGUAUUAGUAUUAUGAAAAGAGUCUUAUUUAAUUAAUGCAGUGUUUUAUGAGAAUGCUAGAUCAAUAUUAACUUUUCGAGUCCAAAC